AUGGCCGACUUCACUUCAACUGGACAGAAAUCCAAAGGAACGAUAUCGAUCACCCCUCCAGAGGGGAAAGGGGUAUGGCUCACACGCCCAGAGGCUAGAGACGCAGAAUCGAAGUGGGGUUACAAAUGGGAUGAUGAGUGGGACUUCUGGGAUGAAAAUGGUCAAGGUGGCUGUAUUUGGGCUGGACAUGGGGUAUGGGAACCCAAGAGUGGUUCCAUACUGCGGAAUCAGUAUUUCAAACCUCCCGGAAAGACUGAGAUUGAUUUCAUCGACGAAUUCUGGAGGGUCCACUAUACGAGGUGCAUCAAACGUAUACGACAAUCUCAUCCAAAUGCUAUAUCAUUCAUCAAUCCACCUGUAUUUGAGGAGCCACCCGAUUUGUCUGAAGAUGUCAAAGGAGGUAGAAUAGCUUUGAGUUCGCAUUUCUAUGAUGGUCUGACUUUACUGAAUAAACGGAGGCAUGUGUAUAAUGCGGAUGCAGUAGGUCUACAAAGAGGAUUGACGAAUAUCCUUUCGGCUAUCAAGCUCGGCGAAAAAUCGAUCAAAUCUACUUUAAGGGGUCAACUGGGAGAACUGAAAUCCGAUGCUCAUAAGAGUGAGGGUAUGGCUGGCCAUGGUGAAGGUGGAAAUUAUCCAACUCUGAUAGGGGAGAUUGGUACGCCAUGGGAUAUGAAGUCCACCAAGCUCCUAGGUCUGGCAAAGGGUAAAGCUGAUAGGAAGGACUAUAAGGAGCCAGCUAAGGCAAUGGAUCAAGUGAUGAAUGCUUGUGAUGGCCAUAAUGCCCUCUCAUAUACUUUAUGGGUAUACGAACCCCUCUCAACCCACAGGUACGGCGACGGAUGGAACGGUGAAGAUCUAUCUUUGAUCUCAUACGAUGAGGUUCCCACUGAGGGUCCAGAGAAAGAUGAUGAUUUAUUGAUACUCAAUCCUCCUGAUCUUCAAUCGUUAAUCACAUUGGGAAGUAGAGGUAUAUCAAGUUGGUGUAGACCUUAUCCUAUCGAAAGUGUCUCGAAGAUUGAUAAAUUCAGCUUUGAUAUGAAAGAUGGGGAAUUCAACUUACAGAUCGUAAUUCAGGGAUUGGAUGAUCAUAAAGUGUGGAAUUUCGACUCUGGUUCCAAUCAACUCAAUGAAGACAUCAAAGGAGCCUCGAGAGAUAGAUCAGAAGGGAUAAUAACAGGAUAUACCAAAAUCUAUAUCCCAUAUGUCCAUUAUCUCUCUCAGGCCGAUACUUCUCCUUCACUUUCGAAAGAUACUGGAAGUAUAGCAGCAACGAAUAAAAGUAGAAUCAUAGGUGAACCAUCGGAAGAUAAUGAAGAAUGGGUCAAAGGCAAUGGACCUGCUAGGAAUGAUAUUGAGGUACUGCAGAUAAGUGAAGGGUCGUUGGAAGUAAAGGGUCAAUGGGGUUGGUGGACUUAUGAGUUGGGUGAGAAGGGGGAGAGAAUAGGGAAAUUGAGGAUUAAGCCUUGGAAGGGGUAG